UUUGUUAAAAAGUCUCUCUCUCUCUCUCUCUCUCUCUCUCUCAUUUCCAAUUUUUCUUCGAAAUACAUAUUUAUUUGGAAGGAAAAGACCCUCCAAAAUCCUAAUCAAAACCACUCCCAGAUCAAUUCUAGGGUUUCUUCUUGUUUCUCUGUAGAAACCCUAGGAAAGAAACAAACUUUGCUUCCUAAACUCUGCUCCUCACACUUCUGUCUCUGUUAAACCACAACCAGUGCAAAAGAAAAAAGGCUCUUUUUAUAUUUUUUAUUUUUAUUUUUCACUUGGGUUCUACUUUUUUCUGUUCUUCUUUUGUUUAUGUUGCUGUAAUGGUUUGGGGUGAGAGAUUGUUUUGGCUGAAGAUGGAGCAGGAGGUCACCCUCUCUCAAAGAGACUAUUACGCCUAUGAGGGUCAGUAGUACUCGUUUAUCAAUUUAUUCCCGUUUUAUUUAGAAUGAAAAUUUCUACAACUAUAAUUGUAGAGAGACUGAAUGCAUACAUGGUAGUAGUACUGUAAAUACAAAGCAUAAUAACAAUUACAAGGUGGGGUUGGAUUGGGUUCUUUCAUAAUUCCCACAUGGAAAACGAGAUGCUUGAAUUUGACAUUGGGUUGGGAGGUGGUGGGAGGGAAGGUGAUGAUGAUGGGUUGGACAUUGAUGAUGAUGAAAUGGCUGAUAGCCCAUCUGCCACCAGUGGUGGGGCUGGAGGAGGUUCCGCCAGCGGUGGCGAAAUUUACCUUCCUGAGGGGGACCUUUUGGACCUUGAACCUUAUGAAGGUAUGGAAUUUGAGUCUGAGGAGGCUGCCAAGGCCUUCUAUAAUUCUUAUGCUCGCCGUGUUGGCUUCAGUACCCGUGUCAGCUCCUCCCGUCGAUCCAGGCGGGAUGGAGCAAUUAUACAGAGGCAAUUUGUCUGUGCUAAGGAGGGGUUCCGCAACUUGAAUGAGAAGCGGACAAAGGACAGAGAGAUUAAACGCCCGCGGACUAUUACUAGAGUGGGCUGCAAAGCAUCCUUGUCUGUCAAGAUGCAGGAUUCAGGGAAAUGGAUUGUGUCUGGGUUUGUUAGGGAACAUAACCAUGAACUGGUUCCACCCGAUCAGGUGCACUGCCUUCGCUCUCAUAGGCAAAUCUCUGGUCCUGCCAAGACAUUGAUUGAUACCUUGCAGGCUGCCGGAAUGGGUCCUCGGAGGAUUAUGUCGGCCCUCAUAAAAGAGUAUGGUGGAGCAAGCAAAGUUGGAUUUACAGAGGUCGACUGUAGGAAUUACAUGAGGAAUAACCGCCAGAGGAGCUUAGAAGGGGAUAUUCAACUCGUUCUGGAUUAUUUGAGGCAAAUGCACGCAGAGAACCCCAAUUUCUUCUAUGCUGUGCAGGGUGAUGACGAUGGGUCUAUGAACAAUGUCUUCUGGGCUGAUCCAAAGGCGAGGCUGAACUAUACUUACUUUGGUGAUACCAUUACAUUUGACACUACCUACAGAUCCAAUAGGUACCGAUUGCCCUUUGCACCUUUCACCGGGGUAAACCAUCAUGGACAGCCCGUAUUGUUUGGUUGUGCUUUCCUAAUAAAUGAAUCUGAAGCAUCAUUUGUGUGGCUGUUUAAGACGUGGCUUAUGGCAAUGUCUGGUCGGCCUCCAUUGUCAAUCACAACUGAUCAUGAUGCAGUGAUACGUUUAGCUAUAACACAGGUUUUUCCAGAGACCCGACAUCGUUUCUGCAAAUGGCACAUCUUCAAAAAAUGCCAGGAGAAGUUGUCCCAGGUGUUUCUCCAACACCCAAAUUUUGAAGCAGACUUCCAUAAAUGUGUUAACUUGAAUGAGUCGAUUGAGGAAUUUGAGUCUUGCUGGUUGUCGCUUGUUGAUGGAUACGAUCUCAGGGAUCAUGAAUGGCUUCAAACAAUUUACUCUGCUCGCAAGCAAUGGGUACCGGUAUAUCUGCGGGAUACUUUCUUUGCAGAAAUGUCCAUAACCCAGCGAAGCGAUAGUAUGAAUUCAUACUUCGACGGCUAUGUGAAUGCCUCAACCAAUCUGAACCAGUUCUUUAAGCUAUAUGAGAAAGCUCUAGAGAGUCGCAAUGAGAAAGAGGUGAAAGCAGAUUAUGAUACUAUGAACGCUGCCCCAGUUUUGAGGACCCCUUCUCCAAUGGAGAAACAAGCAUCUGAGCUUUACACGAGAAAACUGUUCAUUAGGUUUCAAGAGGAGCUAGUUGGAACGCUAACAUUGAUGGCAUCGAAGGCUGAGGAUGAUGGAGAGGUAAUCACAUAUCAAGUGGCAAAGUUUGGGGAGGAUCAUAAAGCGUAUUAUGUCAAAUUCAAUGUCUUGGAGAUGAAAGCAACUUGUAGUUGCCAGAUGUUUGAGUUUUCAGGUCUUCUUUGCAGACAUGCAUUGGCAGUUUUUAGAGUGACCAAUGUGCUUACUCUCCCAUCUCAUUAUAUACUGAAACGAUGGACAAGAAAUGCCAAGAGCAGUGUUAUAUUAGAAGAACGUACCAGUGUUGUAUACACCAAUUAUCUAGAAUCCCAUACUGUCCGAUUUAAUACCCUGCGCCACGAGGCUUUUAAAUUUGUAGAUGAAGGAGUAAAGUCCGUGGAAACUUAUGAUGCUGCAAUGGAUGCUUUGAAAGUAGCUGCAAAAAAAGUUGCUCAUGAAACAAAGAACGAGGGAAAAAGAGGCAUGGCCAACGGGCGUGUUAGGAGGAACUUGGUGAGUGAUGGAAAUCAUGCAAAUUGUACCAGUGAUGAUCUUGAAGGGAGCUCUGGACGGCAUAUGUCUGAGGAUGACAUUGACAAGAGAAUUCGAGAAAUUAGCAGUGAACUGGAGUGUUCAAAUCGGAAAUGUGAGGUUUAUAGGGCUAACCUGCUUUCAGUUUUAAAAGAUAUUGAGGAUCAUAAGAUGCAGUUGUCGAUUAAAGUGCAAAACAUAAAGAUUAGUAUGAAAGACGGCCUGUAAAGGUGCUGCAAUACAGUUAGUUAUACAUGUAGUUUCUUUUUUAUUUUUUCUAUUCUAUUUUCAAAGUCUUAUGUAGUUCAACAAUGUUCUUUGUGGACCUGGCUGUUUCUUCUUCAACCUUUGGAUGGUUUAGAAUCGGCUAGUCUUGGGACGUACGUAGCCAGCCUUGCACAGUGUAUUGUAAUAAAUACAAAGUGGCCUCUUGUUUCCCACGUGUGUACAAAGAAUUAUUCUCGAAUCAUCAGGAAAACAAUCACAUGCACAGUUCUUGUUAUA